AGUGCCUCUCUCUAUCACAACACCCAAACCCCAGACUUUCAUCUUCCUUUACAAACCCAAACCCCAAACCACCUCUUCUUCUUCUGUCUUCCUUUUGUUCUCGACAUGAACCUGGAAGAGAAAGUCACCAUGGACUUGAUUAAUCAACCAUCUGAGCAUCUUUGCUAUGUCCGCUGCAACUUCUGCAGCACUGUUCUUGCGGUAAUAAUCACACACACACACACACAUAUAUAUAUGUCUCUACUAUAUAAUGAGAACCAGGCGGGAUGCUGCAGUGACUUCAGAAAGGGCCAAUCCUCAUCAUCAUCUUCACCAAUAUCAAGCGAGCCAUCAUCCCCCAAAGCUCCCUUUGUUGUCAAACCACCUGAGAAGAAACACAGACUUCCAUCUGCUUACAAUCGGUUCAUGAAAGAAGAGAUCCAGCGAAUCAAAGCAGCCAACCCAGAGAUCCCACAUCGAGAAGCUUUUAGUGCUGCAGCAAAAAAUUGGGCUAGGUACAUUCCUAGUCCGUCAGCUGGAUCAGAUUCUGGGAGCUGCAGCAGCACUAACAACAUUGAUGCUUUGAAGGGCUCAGAUUUUGCAGGAAUGAACAUCCUAGCCAUGUGCUGCCAAAACCCAAAAACGCCAUGACAUGGGAUGGGGAUGAUCACCACCUGAAUUUUGGGUUUUGCCUCUCUCACUCAGAUUGAUGCUUGCUUUGCUUCCCAUGGAGAUCAGCUGCCUACCUACCUACCACUACAUCAUCUCACUUCUUCAGCAUAUAUAUAUAUAUAUAUAAUAUGCAUGCGUGUAACUAAUUAGAAGUACUCGUUUAGUUCCUUCCUGUUAAUUAGAACGUGAGUUUGACUCCCUACGUACUUUUUUUUUUCUUUUUGUUUCUUAAUGAACUUAUUUUGCAUUUGAGUACU